GACACAACUUCCACAAGGGUUUGUCCACUCGCCCACAAUCUUUUCGCAAGUUUUAAAAACUUAGCUACAGGAUGUUCAACUGGCUGGAGGCUCAGCUCUAAUACAGUAUAUCGACGAUCUGUUACUGGCCAGCCCGUCAGCGAAGGCCAAUGAACAAGACACACAGCCACUGUAGCUAACCCUGCAUUCCUUAGGUUAUAUGAUACCUAAGCGGAAAGUGAAAUCAAAUCAGUCUUCAGUUCUUUUUCUGGGUGUUACCAUUAGUGCAACGGAGAGAUCACUUACUCAAACUCGCCUGACUUCUAUUCUGAAAUUUAAACCUCCUACUACACCUAAAGGAAUGAGAGCUUUUCUAGGACUGGUGAACUUUUGCCGACAAUGGGUUCCAAAUGUGGCUCUAUUUUCUCAGCACCCCUCGUCUUUAUCUUCCGUUAAAGAAGCACAGAAAUUCACUAUGACAGCAAACAACUGCAUGCAUUUACUGAAUUAAAAGAUGCCCUGGCUGCAGCCCCAGCAUUAGGAAGACCUCUUUAUGAUCAACCAUUUCAACUCUGUUACCGUAAGAGAUGGCUGUGCUACGGUGGUACUGACACAGUACCACGGAAAUCUCCGAUGACUGUUCUGCAUUCACAGGUUCGAGGAACACAACAGUAUUUGGACAAACCACCUAAGGAAGAACUGCUACAGGCAAGCAACUACGUCCUAAUACGAAAUUGGGAUCGAAAAAAGUUGGGUGAUCACUGGAAAGGUCUAUACCUUGUAUUUCUCACCACUCCUACAGCCGCUAAAGUGGAAGGACACCCUCGGUGGGUGCAUCACUCCGACUGCAAGAAGACAGCUGCACCAAGCCAUGAAUAAAGGCUCUCUUGCCAAGGCCUGGUGCUGGACAGUGUUUAUUAUUAUCAGUUCCUUGACCCCACUAACCAAACCAUGGGAAAAGAAUGUAUACCUUGAAGUAACCUAUGCAUACGCAUGCCGUUUCAACCCUACUGAUCAUCCUGCUGGGUAUGCGCAGCUAUGCCACAAAAUGGGAAAACAGGGAUUCCCCCGAUCCCUAUCCCAAUGAAUAACACUGAAAAAUAUGCCUUACUGCUUUUCUUCCUCCGUUAAUAAAAAGAUUUGUCGGAAUAGCAGGGAUGGUUCCCCGAAAUAUGACAAUUUUAGGGGAUGGUAUAUCCCACCUUUUAAGGAGGAUUGGAAAAUUAAUGCACGGAAAGGGGCACAACUUCCACAAAUAGAAAUAACGGAAGUUCCCCAGAAGCCAAUUAUUGCCACCUGUCACUGUUAAAGGUACAGGGGUUUUCCUGGGAAACAGUUCAUGUAUCACGAUGGAUGCUAGUGCUACCUCUGGCCCACCCCGACCUGUUAACAACGCAUAUUUUAUAUGUGGAUCAUGGGCCUAUCCAUGGUUACCAGGGAUGCCAAACGAUGGAGAUAUGGCAAGGCGGGUGUAUGGCCCGCAUCAUUGUUACCUUGCUUAUGUGGUUACUGCUAUGUGCCAUUUUAAACUAAUAACAGAUCAUGCCACAUUUAACAACCUUGCACCUAGAUCACGGUUUACAAAACGGUAUCUCUCCCCAGGUGAGAGUGUUGGGAUGACAAUGCUCCCCUGGUACGGGAUACAUCGAAAUGCGCUAAGGAUCGACCAUCUUACUGGGCUAUUGGAGGAAUUGGCUAAUGAUACAGCAGCUGCCCUUAUGGGAACCCAGACCCAGAUAGGGUUAUUGACAGCUGAAAUGAGGAUAGUGGUGCAGAUGGCCUUAGAUUUUAUUCUGGCCGAGAAAGGGGGCACCUGUGCUAUCAUUGGGCAAGAAUGCUGUACCUAUAUUCCCAACUAAUCCUCCAACAUAACCGACUGAAGAAGCAUGUGUUAUUACUGCAGGCUGCCAUCUUAAUGUCUUUAUUGAAAAGACAACCUGUCCUCCAUAGUGUGUUCCAUAUAAUUUACAGUCAUUCAGACUUGGCACCAAGACAUUCUUUUGUUCUACUAGUGCAUGCUUUUGUAGAAGAAUGACUCCAUUUUAGAUUUGACUAUUAGAUUUGACUAUUAGCUCUUUCAGCCCAAGGUCUCUGAUGAUGCUGGCUGCCUUUUUGAGGGAGUGACUCUGGUAAAUCGAUGGUGGGAUGAUCAGAAUCCAUGAUAGACUUAGCAGUGUUCACAACUUUUUGCAGUCUUCUUCGCUUCUGGACAUUGUUUGGUGAGGAAAAAUUGGCAUGUAGUAACGCUAAUGCUGUGGUUGUUAUGGGAGAUUUCAACAUGCAGGUAGACUGGGAAAAUCAGGUUGGUACUGGACCCCAAGAAAGGGAGUUUGUGGAGUGCCUUCGUGAUGGAUUCUUAGAGCAGCUUGUAUUGGAGCCUACCAGGGAGAAGGCAAUUCUGGAUUUAUGUAAUGAACCGGAUUUGAUAAAGGAACUUGAGGUUAAGGAGCCAUUAGGAGGUAGUGACCAUAGUAUGGUCAGGUUUAAUCUACAUUUGGAAAGGGAGAAGGGUAGAUCGGAGGUGUCAGUGUUAGAGUUGAAUAAAGGGGACUAUAUAAGGGAAGAGCUGGCCAAAGAUGACUGGAAAGAUACCCUAGCAGGGAUGACAGUGGAACAACAAUGGCAGGUAUUUCGAGGAAUAAUACAGAAGAUGCAGGAUCAGUUCAUUCCAAAGAGGAAGAAAGGUUCCAAGGGGAGUAAGGGGCUGCCGUGGCUGACAAGGGACGUCAGGGACAGUAUAAAAAUAAAAGAGAAGACGUACGUGGCAAAGAGGAGCGGGAAGCAAGAGGAUUGGGUAAUGUUUAAAGAGCAACAGAAGAUAACUAAAAGGACAAUACGGGGAGAAGAGAUGAGGUACGAAGGUAAGCAAGCCAAGAAUAUGAAGGAGGAUAGUAAAAGCUUCUUUAGGUAUAUGAAGAGGAAAAGAUUAGGUAAGGCCCAAGUUGAACCCUUGAAGACUGAAAAGGGUGAAUUUAUUAUGGGGAACAAGGAAAUGGCAGAUGAGUUGAACAGCUACUUUGGAUCCGCCUUCACUAAGGAAGACACAAACAAUCUUCCUGAUACAGUAGUGGCCAGAGGAUCUGGGGUGACGGAGGAACUGAAGGAAAUCCACAUUGGGCAGGAAAUGGCUGGGUAUACUGAUGGGACUGAAGGCUGAUAAAUCCCCAGAGUCUGAUGGUCUGCAUCAUAUGUUAACCCACUCAUUCCUGGGAUUACUCUCAUAAUCCUCCUCUGGACCCUCUCUAGCGCCAGCACAUCCUUCCUCAGAUAUGGAGAUAAUAAAAAUAAUCAGUCUAGAAAAUGA